AUGGGCCUCUGCCGCUGCCCUCUGAGGAGGCGUCUUCUGGGAUGCCGGUUCCCGGUGCUGUGCCAGCCCUGCCUAACCACGGUCGGAGGGAAAACGGGUGACUCCGCUCGGAUACAGGGGACUUUGCCCUUGGUGGCCUUGAGACCUCGCAAUGGGUGUCGUUUUUCGAAAGAUGUCGCUCCGAGGGAAGGGGUUGUCACGUUUCUGACCACUACAGGGUACAGGCGCGUGGAACCUGCUCUUCUCUCCGUCUGUAACGAAGACAAGACUGUAAUGAUAGAGUUGUCUCAGAACGGCGCGGUGAGGUUUAACAGUGCAGGUGUGCACCGCCGCCUCGCCUCGCCUCGCCUCAGCGGCAGGAAAUCCAGUAGAGGAGACUUCGUAUUUUCUGCUGAUCGUCUGAUCAGACUCGUGGUUGAAGAGGGACUGAAUCAAUUGCCAUACACAGAAUGUACCGUGACCACUCCAACAGGACACAAAUACGAAGGAGUCAGAUUUGAAAAGGGAAACUGCGGAGUCAGCAUAAUGCGAAGCGGGGAGGCAAUGGAACAAGGUUUGCGAGACUGCUGUAGAUCAAUCCGCAUAGGAAAAAUCCUGAUACAGAGCGACGAGGAGACUCAAAGAGCGAAAGUGUACUACGCUAAGUUUCCACCAGACAUUUACAGGAGAAAAGUUCUUCUUAUGUACCCAAUACUAAGUACUGGCAAUACCGUCAUUGAGGCUGUCAAAGUUCUUGUAGAACAUGGCGUACAACCAAGUGUCAUUAUCCUGCUAAGCCUAUUCUCCACGCCUCACGGUGCCAAGUCCAUCAUCCAGGAAUUCCCAGAGAUCACAAUUUUAACUACAGAAGUUCAUCCUGUUGCACCAACACACUUCGGACAGAAGUAUUUUGGAACAGACUGACACACUCGGAACAAACGGAUAUGACUAUCUGAUGAGACAAGAGGGGUUCUCCUACGUUUUGUUAUUGUGGAGUUGGCCGAGGGCACGUUUAAAAAUCUUUUUGGCCAGAGGGGGAAACACUUGACUUAGAUCAGUUCUGGUCAGUUACUGCCUGAACGCUGAACCAGGUACCGUAACAAAGCACUCUGUCAUGGCAAAGUCAAGCACCUCGAUGUUGGGGUUCCAUAAAUUGCUACACUCUCUGCUUUAACUUAUUUAUUCUUCUGUAGCCUGCCUUGUGGCUGCUUGCAAGAGCAAAAUAAAACAACUAAAUC